AGGCAUUAAACAAGUUUAUUUGAAAAAUGAUUUACGUUCCAUUUCAAAGAACAAAUGAAUGUUCGAGAAGAAUAAUCGGUUAAAAGAAAAAGUUGUGUAAAAUCCAGUAGUAACCUUGUUUCAGUAAAAUAACAUUGAAACAAAAACCAUUCAACGAUAUUAGUCCGUUUUUCUUAAUUACCAGUUGUUCUAUAUAAGGACAUUCACGGAUUUCAAGAUAGUCAAUUUUCUCUUUAUCUUUAGAGACCGACAAAUGAGAUAUAUAAACUUAUUAAACUUUUGAUAUAUGCAUAUAUUUACGUAUUAAGUGAUGGCUCCCCAAAUUGGAAAUGAUUUGGACCAAAUUUUGAAAGACAAAUUUACUACUGAAUUUCGCAAAGAAUAUACCACCGUACAAGGUGUUUGUUUGCCAAAAAAAUAUGAGGAUUUCGCACAAAUAAUUGAAAAUUUCGAAAUCAGAGACGAUGAUGUUUGGAUUUGUUCUUUUCCUAAAACUGGAACAACAUGGACACAAGAAAUGAUCUGGUGCAUAGCAAAUGACCUGGAUUUUGAAAGAGCAAAAGUUCGCUUGUCCGAAAGAUUUCCUUUUUUAGAGUACUCCAUACUUUUUGAUUACACCACUAUUAUACGACGUCAUCCGGAAAUCGAGCCCUCUCCGUUAAUUUUAGAUAGUGUGGCUUAUAUAAAAAAUUUACCUUCUCCAAGAUUUAUCAAAACUCAUUUUCCUUUUCCCUUACUUCCACGUCAACUUCGAACGGGCGAGAAAAAGGCGAAAAUUAUUUAUGUUAGUAGGAAUCCAAAAGAUACUUGCGUUUCUUUUUACUAUCACACUAGAUUAAUGGAAGGAUAUCGUGGUGAUUUUCACGACUUCUGUCGCCUUUUUUUAGGAAAUAAACUGAGCUUUGCUCCAUACUGGGAUCACAUACUUGAUUUCUGGAAAAGGAGGAUCGACCCAAAUAUUUUAUUUUUGAAAUACGAAGAGAUGAAAUCUGAUCUGCCUACGAUGAUAAAAAAAACAGCUGCAUUUCUUGAUAAAAUUUUAACUAAUGAUCAAGUAGAAGCGUUGGCGCAACAUUUGAGUUUCAACAGUAUGAAAUCAAAUCCUGCAGUGAAUUACGAGGAACAUAUAAUAUUGAAUAAACAGAUGAAAUUGAUCAAUGUCGAUGGUGAAUUUAUUCGAAGUGGUAAAGUUGAUCAGUGGAAAGAAGAAAUGCCCGGUAUCGUGAUCGAGGAAUUCGAUAAAAUGACGAAAGAAAAAUUUUCCACGCAAAAUCUUUUCUUCAGUGACAUCUCUUUUGACAAUCCAGCAGAAUCUAAUAUACCGUUCGUAGAAUACGAUCGAUUAGACGGUGACGAAUAUAAAGGCAAAUGCAUUGGAAAACUAAAUACGUAUCAUCAUGAAGUUUCCGGCGAGGUUUACGCCGUCGAUGAGAAUACGCUAUUGCUGAUCAAUUUUAAAUACGAUGGUAACGGAGAUGAUACAUUUUUCUUCGCUGGUGCAUCCACGCGAGCUGGUCCACACGGUUUUAUCGUGCCUGAUGAAUGGGAUGGUAAAACGAUAGCAGAUAUAAAAUGGUUUGCAAUAUAUGACUUAGGAAGUCAGAAUGUAUUCGGCGAUGUGAUUUUUCCCGAUGAAUUUCGUGCACCAGCACCAGCGACGAUUUCUCAAUUAAAGAAAUACUCGCAUGGAGUAUCUUCAGAGCCAAUUGAAAUUAUAGAUUCAAAAACUAUCAAAAUACCAAACUUUAAAUACGACGGAGAAGGAAAAGAUACAUAUUUCUGGGUAGGAGAUGGCCCACAACCUUCUACAAGAGGAACAAAAGUUCCCGACGAAUAUGGCUAUUUAGAUUCAUUGCACGCUUACAGAGGUGAAGAUGUGAUCAUUCAACUACCUGGGCAUAUGACAAUUUUCAAUAUCAAUUGGUUAAGCAUUUUCGACGUGGAAACUGCGUCAAAUUUUGGCUCUGUGAUAAUUCCAAAGGAAUUAAAUGUGCCUCCUUCGUUAGUAAAAGUGAUCAAGCACACAAACAGUUUGCCAAAUUGUAUUCAACUUCAUAAACGAUUUCAAGUCAGCUGGGAAAUUUUUGGUCCACAGAUCACUAUCCAAUUAGCAGGAGAUAUAGGUGAGAAUGAAUAUAUGGCGUUCGGUCUAUCUGGAUCUGAAAUAUCUAGUCAAAUGGAAGGUGCGGAUGUUGCAGUUGCUUAUUUAGAUAGUAUUAGAGGCUACGUGGUAGAUUACAACAUCACUGCCAAAGCACCAUGUGGAAAAGUUCUUGGUCAAUACAAGGGAGUCUGUAGAGACGAAUUAUUUGGUGGUUUGGAUAACAACCAGUUGCACACUGCAUUUAAAGAAAAUGGAAUUACUGUUAUAAAUUACAGACGUACCCUUAAUUCAUCUGAUCCAGGAGACAAAGAAUAUCCAACUGAUCGAUCUGUUUACGUGGUAUGGGCCUUAGGAAGAUUGAAUGAAAAUAAGGAGCCGACAUUCCACGAUUUAUAUCUGAAAAAUGAUUUGAAAUUAGAAUUGGGCCGUAAAGAACCUGAGGAUGCGUGCAUGGAUUUUACGGAAAAUAAUGAGCAAUUAGUAGUACCUUGGGAAAAAGUAAAAAUAUAUGGGAGAAGUAUUCGAACAUUUAAAGCAACGAUCGGUCCAUCUGGAGGCAAAAAGGGUUAUCAAGGAAUUACAGGACAACCAUCCACAGGUUUGGCAUGGUACAUCGAAGGGCGAUUGGUACCUGAAUUAUAUCUACGUCGUGGAUUGACUUACAAUUUUCGUGUUUUCGGUGGUAAUAAUCCUCACAGCUCGAAUUUAUAUCACCCAUUGAUUAUAACUGAUGAACUACACGGUGGAUACGAUAAGCUGAGCGAUGCGGCACAAAGUAAUAUUAGAGUUUUGGCUGGAGUUGAAUUUACAAGAAGAGGACAACCGAGACCAACUGCAGUUGGCCCACUUUGCUUGAGCAAACACAAUGGACGAGAUAGAAGACGAGAUGAUGAUUUUGUAACAUUCAAACAAUUCAACAGAACAUUAAUAAAUACAUGUGAGCCAGGAGAAGGUGGAAAUUUAGAAAUUACACCAAAUUCCACGUGGCCAGACAUUGUUUAUUACAAUUCAUUUACCCAUGCGAACAUGGGCUGGAAAAUACACAUAGUGGAUAGUUAUUCGUCAAUGGAUAAAAAAUCUUUUACCUUUACUACUAUCGAGAGUGAUGUAGGAGAAAAAUUGGAUAAAAUGUUUGGGGUGAAACCUAGUUUUUUAAGAGUAGAAAAGAAUGCAACACAUUGUUUAUUACCGCCUCAAUUCGUUUUUUAUGGAAUGAAAAUCAGAGAUAUGGAAGUUUAUGAGGAUGAUGUGUGGAUGGUCUCAUAUCCACGAACUGGUAGUCAUUGGGCACAAGAAAUGGUAUGGUGUAUCGGAAAUAACUUUGAUUAUAAAAAUGCCGAAAUUUUAACAAUUAUACGUAAUCCGUUGCUCGAAGCAUCGGCGUUGAUGGUCACAGGGAAUUGGGUAGAUUUAUUUGCGAAAAUGGGUGAUUCUGUUGAAAAUGUUAUGAAAAUGUCACGACCUAGAUAUAUAAAAUCUCAUCUCCCCUUUGAAUUCUUGCCGCAACAAAUUCAUACAAAAAAACCAAAAAUUAUUUAUGUUACCAGAAAUCCAAAAGAUACAUGUGUUAGCUUUUAUCAUUAUUGUAAAAAAUUUCAUAACAUGACGGGAAGCUUCGAGGAUUUUGCUGAGUUAUUUUUAGAAGACAGUGCACCGAUAAGUCCAUUUUGGAAUCACGUUUUACAAUUUUGGAAAAUGAAAGACCAAGAAAAUGUAUUAUUUUUAACUUAUGAAGAAAUGAAAAAGAAUCAAAGAGAAAUAAUUAGAAGGACAGCAAAAUUUAUGGGAAAAACUGUGACAGACGAACAAAUUGCUGAUCUUAGCGAGCAUUUAAAAUUUUCAAAGAUGGCUGCUAAUCCCGCCACAAAUUUGGAACAGAUUUUACCCUUGAAAGAUUUGCCCGAAAAUGAGAAAUUUAUAAGAAAGGGCAAAAUCGGUGAUUGGAAAAAUUAUAUGUCCGAGAAAUUAUCUCAAAGAUUUGAUGAAUGGACCGAGAAGCACUUAAGUAAUAAUAGCCUCGAUUUUAACAAGACACUGAUUUCAUGUAACGAAGAAUGAAAAUUAUCUAUUAAAAUAUAUAUAUUCUAUGUUGAGAUUAUACAAAAAAAAAAAAAAAUAAAUAAAUAAAAAAAAUAAAACAAUAUAUAUAUUA